AUGUCUACCUCCACGGCAGCACAGCCUGUUGCGGCUUCACAAGCCGAAAUCCAGGACAAAUUCGAACAGGGAAUAUGGCACUCGCUCUUCAACUGGGCCAACCUGACGAUCGCCAUCAAGAAUGAUUGGGGCGGUCCAGAUUCUUCAGACAAGCGGGACUGGCUCGCAGGCGCGAUAUCCGAGAUCUUCGCAUCGAACCCUGAAACCGACGCCGAGGACAUUGAGGUUGUGCUCCUCCAGGUCCUCGAGGACGAGUUCGGCGUGCGCCUCGAAGACGAGACCGAGGUACCUGUCGCGCGCGAUAUCAUCAAGAUACGUAAGGAGACAUUAGAGGGUGACUUCUCAACUGUAGAGGAGUUGCAGGCCAAAUGGGCUGCCAGACAGGGCAAGGAGAUCGGAACAGGGAAUGUUAAGGUUGAGGAGAGGGAUCAGGAGGGAGAAUGGGACAGUGUGGAUGAGGAGUCCGACAAGGAUGGUGAUGUGGAUAUGAGUGAGGCACCCGCGCUCGCUGCGCCCAAGGAGAAGCCCGCGCCGGAGGUGGAUGAGGAUGGAUUUACAAAGGUGGUUGGAAAGAAGAGGCAUGGAUGA